AGAGAGAGAGAGAGAGAGAGAGAAUGAAGUCAUUAACAGGUGGUGAGCCAAACUUCAGUACCCAGAGUCCUCCAGAGAAAUAAAAAUCCAGACACAAGAAUCUACGGAGGCCCGGAUGCACCAUUCGACAAAGCACGUCUACGUCUCUCUCUCUCUGACUAGAUACCUCCGAGUUGGUUUGCAGAGGGCGAGAAACGGCGCAUAACGGCGCUCAUUCCAAUUUCCCGGGGCGCUCCGGUGUCUGCGGUACUCUGUUACUACAUUUUGAGCUGUUGUAUUUUUGUCCGAAAUUGUGGUGACAACAAUACGCAAGUUUUCCCAUGUUCUGCAUUUUUAGAUUCUUGUGUUUUGUUUUUUCUUCUUGUUUUCGCUUUUUUUUUUUUUUUUUUUUUUUUUUAAACCAGAUGCUGAACAGCUUGUUUUGAUGUCGCAAGACAGAAGAGGAUCGGGAUGACCAAAGCCUCCAACAUUCCCUAAUAGUGUUUUCCACGUAAAGACACCUUCUGGUUUCAGGAUGUCGCAUGUCAAGACUGGCAAUAGUACUGAAUGUUCUGUGAUCCAGGCGCAAGACCCCUGAUGAGCGCGUGAGGAGCGCGGCACCACAGCUGCAGCAGCGCGGAGCACGGAGCCUCCCGGUAACAAACUGCUAGAUUGCUAGGCUAAAGAUUGCCAUGGAAACAUGCAUUUUGAGAGUGAGAUGAGAAAUGAUUGAGAGAAUCAAUGUCUAAGGAACUCUCAAGCCCGCUUCAUACUACUCCUGUCCUCCCUCUGCUGCCCCCUGCUGCCAGGUUCGAACUUCUCUGCAUUGCUUAGGAAUGAAAGCCUUUCUUCUGCAGGAUCAUAUUGUGUGUGCCCACUGGGAUAACACAAUGCAUGGCCACAGCAGCAGACAUGGCCUGUUGUCUGCAAAAAACUGGGGACCCUAAGAUUGUAUGAAGCCCGGUGGUCCAAUUCAUCUAGUCAAGAACAACACAGUGAGAGGAAAGUGUUUGCUCAAAAAGGUUUCCUGCUGAACAGGACCCAGCUCACACUUGGACUUAAUACAGAAUCAUUACUGACAUAUAUACAUAAAUACAAAGAUUCUGAUCUACAAUAUAGGGGUAAUGAGCCGCCUAUCAGGUCGCCUGCGCUCUGGCGGUGUUCGUUUGGAUUGUGACGCUCUGGCUGACAAGGACUGCAGUGAGGCUGAGGGCCCCUCUCCAUGGGAGGGGGAUGGAGAGCCUAGGGGCACAUCUGUAGGAUCCACUGGCUCUGAUCCAGCCAACUCACUACAUUACAGCUUUUUUUCACCUCCCUCUUUGGCUAAUGGCCUGCGGAAUCAUGAAGACCAGCUUCAACGUAGGGCAAGGAGACGGAGGCAAACAGAAUAUGUAGAGCAAAUACACACACAUCAACAAAUGCACCUUCAGCAAAACACACAACCACAGAUGCAUACACCUCAGCAAUCACACCCACUCUCCCAGAAAAGCACACACCUGCAGCCUCAUUUACACAUUCCAAUAGAUGCACAUAUGUGGAUGGACACAAAUACACUAACACACAAGCACACACAAAAGGACAUAUGUGAACCUACAGGCAGUGGCUCGUCACUUAUGGAGCUGGAUCCUUCAAUUAUCCCAGAGGACUUGUCUAAAACUCCCAAGACUGAAACACAUAAUCUCUGCAUUCAGUCAGCCCCUUUAUUACACACCACCCCUCCCCCAAACAAUCUGACACCUCCUCUAUACAACCCUUCUUCUUUACUCAAGGAGGAGAUAGAGCACAACCCAUCGUCUCAACUAGAAAUGGACCACACUACAAAAUUAGAGCAAAUUUGUGUAACAGGCCAAACAGCUGUUAUGACCACUAUAGAGGCUGAGAGGAAGUAUACCCUGCGGAGCUCUGGUCGACCACGUUUCCCCUGUCAUCUUCGGAAGUCAUCCCGUUUACGUAGAGCUGCUGAGGAAACUAUGUUUAAAAGAGAACUGGACCAAAAGGAUGAAGAGGAGGAGGAGAACAGAGUCUGUAGAACAGAGGACACAAGGCUGGUGGAGGAGCAUCCUCCAGAGGUGGGUGUGGUUACCUCAUCGUUUGAGGUUUUAUCAUCACCAGCCAUUUUUGCAGAUGUAACACCAAGCCAUAACAUUAGAACAUCAGAAGGAGAGGGCAUUGUUACUCACCACUCAGUUAGAGGAAGGCGACAGGGACGUUUUACGGGUGUAAGAAGGAUUGUGGUGAAAGUAGCCAGAAUUCCUGUUCACAUGAGCCGAAGACAGAAAAGCUACAAGAUCUCAUCAUUGGAGCCAGUUAGUGCUGGUCCACGUGGGGAAGGUGUCACAAUGGCAGAGGGGCUUGAGGGAGGUGUAGGAGGUGAGCCAAAAGCUAUCGUUCCCAGAGAGCCCACUGCUCUUCUCCGCAUGAAAAACAAUGGAAAAAGUGUCAUGGUGAUGUUUCCACCAGGAGAGCUUCCUGUCAUCUUGAAGCGGCGAAGGGGACGCCCUCCUAAACAAGCAUUACCAGGGCAACCUGACAUGCAUGAGACCAGAGUAGGAGCAGCUAGUGCAGCAGAGCCCAAAAAAAUACGGAGGCGAAGGACAGUAAAGCUGCCAUCCCCUCAGCCCUCAUAUGUUAAUGAUACCAAUGAUGUUAAAGUAGAAUAUGCAGAUGUUCUCUCUAAACUGGCCUUCUUGAACAGGCAACCUCCCAGUACUGGACGUUGCUCCCCUCCACGCUGCUGGACCCCAACAGAACCUGAGACUUUUCAUAUACCACCAGAAAAUCCAUCCCUUUCUACUCUUUUACACCGUCUCACAGGAUUCCGCAGAAGAGGUGGUCGUGCAGGCUGUAUGGGGAGUAGAGGAGGGGGUGCUGCUGGAUCAUCUGAUUCCUUGAAGAGGUCAUUCAGUGACUUCUUUGAAACAAUUGGCAAGAAGAGGAAAGUCACCACAUCUGAACCAGGAACUCCUCGGAAAAGAGUCAAAGGAGUUGCUGGGGGAAUAACUAGGGCAAAUUUAGGUGACUCUGCACAAGGAGAGAAAGUUAGAAAACGGCGGUCACGAAAGAAUGGGGUGUUAAAAAAUGGUCAGAAUGCCCAAGAACAAGACUGGCAAAAUGGGAAAAGUGGUUGGAUAGGGAAAGCUGACAGAAGCAUUUCUGAAAAAGCAAGUAAUUAUCAGAGUCAUUGUUCCCCUCAAGGAAAUUUUCAAACCAGUGAGGCUGGAAAGGGGGGGAUGUACCACAGCCCUGGCAUGAGAGGCGUAGGCAGUGUAGAGGAGUCUCAGAGUAUGUUUGCAGGAUACUUUCGCUCUCUACUUGAUUCUGAUGACUCCUCUGACUUGCUAGACAUCUCCAUGUCCAGUCCUGCUGGACGCCAGGAAAGCCGUAAACUUACCCCAGGAUAUGAGGGUGGCAGCCCAGGUGCAGCCCACCCUUGGUCUCCCGCCUUUUCUAAAAGAAGUUCUAAAGGAGUAGCCUGUCUUGGGGAAGGAGCAUCAUUACACUCACCUCAAACUCAGGCCAGCUUGGCAACUAAACCUUCAUAUCCAUAUAGUGGUUCACAGACUUCUCCUACCCCAUCCUUUCCUAAAUCCCCUGCUCUUUUGCUAUCCCGUUCUCCUAGUUCUCCCCAUCCAUCUGGAGGUUUCCCUCAAUAUCCACCCAGUUAUAGUACUGGGAUCCUUCAAGGAGGAAGCAUUUACCCCCUCCCUCAACAGCAGCAACAACAGCAGCAAAGGCCAAGUGACUGUAGCUACACAUAUGGCACAAAAUCUCCCUCUGUUCCUUCAACACAGUGUCAGAUGAGUUAUUCCAACUACCAGGGAUCUGCCAAGCGAAAUUAUAGUGGAUAUCCAGCCCCACCCCAUUCAACCUUACAGCGAGGAGACUCUGGUCCAACCUCACCAGGUGUAAGUUAUAUGUCAAUGUCAAAGUCUAGCCCCUUCUCCUUAACUUCCUCUCCCUCUGAGAGUUGUAGACAAUAUACCUCCACAACACAGUGGGGAUACAGACGGGGAAAUAACUGGUGUGGUGAUAUAUAUGGGACUCAUCAGUUUCAUGAUUACUCUGACUAUGGGGUAGCCGGAACUGGUUCAGAAUCCAUAGACAUUUUGGACAUCUCAAACUACACACCCCAAAAAGCCAAACAGCGUCCCUGCCCUGACACUCUCUCUGAAUCCUCUUCAGACUCUUCUCAUACUGGUGGAGGGGGGGUGGGUGCUACGGGGGGAGCAUUACGCCCAAGGGAUGUUCCUAUGCCUGAGGGGCAAUCUAGCCUUUCAAGCCUAGAGAAGCUAAUGUUUGACUGGAAUGAGAAUUCGUCAGGCUCCUCUUACAACUGGAGUCAGAAUGUACUUUUCCAAGGGGGGACAAAACCAGGUCGUGGCCGAAGGAAAAAGUCUGAUAUACACAAUGAGAAGGAAGCAUGUUCUGCUCCCCCAGGAUCCCCUGCCAGCCCUCCUAUGCAAGGAGGUGGGUCAAAACGUAGUGCUACUGGUGGAAGACAGCCCAGGGGAGCCAGAGGUAGGGGAGGAUACUCACCUUGCCAAAGAGAGCGACCCCCACUACAAAAAACUAAAACUCAUAAGCCUACAGCCCCAUCAGGGUCAGGGCAAAUGUGUUCAGGGGGCAUAUACCAGGAAGCAUUGGACUACUACAGUGGAGAUAGUAGCAGCCUAUCACCUCUUAGCCAUGCCCCAGAGUUGUGUGAAUACCCCUCCCCAUAUUCUGUCCAUACUUCUACUCCCUCCUCAGAUGAGCGAUUUGCUCAUGUCUACCCUCCAGACUCGGCCUCUGUAUCCCCCAGUUUAUCAAACCAGUCAGAUGUUCUAAAGCAGUACCCUAAACCUGGGCAUCCCUCACAGACUUAUGGCCAUGCUGCCAGGACUUUCAGCCCAACCCUGUCCCCAACCCCUCGCCUCUUGCCACAGUGUGGUUCUGCCAUGAGUCCACACCGGGUUCCAAAAGACCAGUUUUCCCAGUAUGAUUCCCCAAGUUAUAGUGGCUCUCCAUGCUGGUAUGGGCAAGGAGGAAGUGUCGCUAGCAGCCCCCAAAACUAUGAAGAGCAGCGACCACCAGCAGUCUCUUUGCCCUCCCACAAACGGGACAUGUCAUUGAUGGUCUCUGGGGUGAGGGUUCCAUCUAAUUCAUCGUACCCCUCCCCUUUACACAGAGGCCCUACCACAUCAACCUCCUGUGUGAGUGGGACUCUGGACUCUUCCCCUCAGCAUGAAGAGAUGGGUUACCAUGAAAACUUGGACAGCUAUGCACCCCUUGGACACCGUUAUGCACCCCAAACAGCCCGGGGAGGGGUACUCUGCCAGCUUCUUGACCAGCCCAGCGAUGAAGGGUUUACCGUUACCAGCCUGUAGUUGAAAUUAUCAGGGCAUCGCUGAAUAGAUGAAAUGGACCCUUUUCAUAUUUUUUCAUAUUUUUUAAAGGAUAAGCUUUGGAAGACACUUACUGAGUUGGGACUGAAGAGUUUUAGAGCUAUGGACUAAAUAAAGACUUCUCCAGCAGUGACAAUCAAGAUCCAAAUUCAGACAUAUGCAGAGACGCACACAGAAACACACAUGCACCAACGUACAAACAUAGUCUAUGCCCACAAUAAAUUUACAUGUACUCGCAUAUAAACUUUCAUAUGCUGACUUGCAACUACAAAUGCAUGUGCGAAAAGACAUACUCUCACAAAUUAACAUUGCUGCACAACUUGAGCUAAUGACUUUUUAAAGGACCGAAUGCACACUGCUAGUAUCAUGAAGAAACCGAUUUGCUGAAAAGCAGGGAACAACAUGUCCCUUUCCAUGCAAAUGCGAUUCCCACAUUUCAGUGAUACCCAAAAACAAAACAAUGCGAUACCACACAAAAGGUUUUUGACAACAUCCUGUUCCUUUUUUGUAUCCAGUUUUAGUCUCAAAACCUCCUCUGAUUAAGUCACUGAGGAGAUCAAUUACUUGAUCUCUGAAGGUCCACUUUCUUCAGCAUCUAUAAAUGGUGACACUGCACAAACUCUGCCAUUUUCUCGCUCCAAGUUAUAACUGUGUUUUAAAAGCCAGCAUUUGUACAUAAGCUACUCAAACAGUUCCAUCACCUGAGGAGCUCACUGCAAGGAAAAAUACAACAGGAACACAAGUCCUUUUGACAUGUUAAAGCAGCAAUGUCAUGAGAGUGUUUCAGAAUGGCUGUUAGGACACAUAAGGGGGAUACCAGUUUUAUGUGGCUUUAUAUAGUUCAGCUUGGGUUUGUGCAAGUACAGUUUAAUUAAUCUUUUUUUAUCAAUGGCCUGGUCUGGUCCAACAGGAAUGUGUCUCAAUUUGAUCCCCCCAACCAUCGUUCUGAACCUGCAGCAUGGUCACCUUGUGCUCAACAUACAGCUCUUAUUCGUGUUGUUUUUAUCAUCACAGGAGGACAGAAACCCAUGCAAUGGCCCCAAAAGAUGCUGUGCUUGUCAAAAUGUUAAGAAGCCAGGGCACUUUACACCCUGGACAUGGUGGCUUGGGACUCUGGGUGUGGACAAUGCAAAUUCUCCUGCUCAUCCUCCUUUUUCUUUCUUCCCUUUGUUUGUAUUUCUUGUGGUCCGCUGUGUCGUACAGUGAUUUUUUGUGAUGAAAUAUUGUAUCUGUCAGUCCAUAUACUGUAUCUGAGGUGAAAAUAUUUAAAUACACAUUCUGUUCUGAUCAUUGUUAAAUUUUGUCCUGCCUGUGCUUUGUGGUUUGGGGAAAUUAGAUAAACAUGAAACUAGGGAAGGGUCCAUUGGUGGCCAAGCAGGAAGUAAAAAAUACAAUGGUUAUUUUUUUCUCCCCUUUUUCUCCCCAAUUUGGAAUGGCCAAUUACCAAUGCGCUCUAAGUCCUCAUGGUGGCAUAGUGACUCGCCUCAAUUCGGGUGGCAGAGGAUGAAUCUCAGUUGCCUCCACAUC